AUUGAAAAUGUUAGUGUUUACAAUAAAUUUUGCGAGGAGUUUAAGAUUACUUUAUUUCAGUGGCUCUUUAAGAUAGUUGUCAAGAAGAUUCUUCGGACAGUUUGUUAGUAAAAUUUCAAAUCGCACCUUAAAAGUGUGAGACUGCUUUUUUAAUCACUGUGUUAUGAAACUAAAAUAGACAUUACCAACACAUGUGCAGUGUUUAGAUAAGCCUAGGGCUGCUUCAGUUCUUUGUAACACGAACUCCUAAGAUUUUCAAGACGUCUUCUCCUUCAGUAAUUAGAACCCCCGAAAGUGGUGGGGGUACUGGUGACAAAAAAUCUUCUUCUAACAAGUAUGAGUCGCCUACAUGUUCUAAUUGUAAUUUGGAUGAAGUUGCAAGUGUUGAGAUACUAUUGUGUCAGGAAAAAUUGGAGAAUGAAGCUUCAAAGAUGUAUGAACUUGCUACACUUAAACCAUUUAAGGUUAGUCAACCCAUUACUUCCAAGGUAUCAGCUGAACCAAAACAAAUAUACCAUUCUUCAAUCUCUUCGAGCAUCGCUAGCAAACACUUAGUUGACAUAAACUUAGAAGAUCAAUUAUCUGGCAACAUUAUCAACGCACCCUCCCCACAGCAAGAUCAGAUAUUUGAAUUAGAAAUGUUUACAAAUACUAUAAGUCAGGAACCUAAAAGUACUUUGUCUCCUAAAAAACAACUAAGCUCACUAAAAUUAGCUCAGUCAUCUGCGUUUAAAACAGAGAUGAAAAAAUCUUCAUUACAAAGUACUGAAGUUAAUCAUGUAAAAUGUAUGCAAAAAUUUGUUGCUAAAGAAAAAUUAUUCAAUGAAAAAAUACUUAAAGAUUAUAUUAUGCAAGAUAAACAAACUUUAUUUCUACCUUUGAGUGAUGCCGAUGUGUGUAAUAAAAGCAAGCAGUUAAACAUCUUAAGUAGUUCGGAAUCAAAAAACGGUACUAGUAUAAUCUCAAAAGUUAAUCAACACCAACAACAACAACAACAAAAACAACAACAACAACAACAACAAGAAAAAUUAAUUUCUAGGGAAUCGCAACGAUUUUUUUUGCAAGUCGAUUCAUCCCGUAAAAGUCAAUUACAAAAAAAUAUGAAGCAAAGAAAUGACAAUGCUAAUACUUUAAAACAUUCAAAUAAUAUUGGACAGUCAGAAGAAGCUCAACUGCGUAUGUUUGGAAGUGGACCAAAUGCACUUUGGAGUUCUGUGGUCUCACAAUAUUUAUCCAGUCAAAUACGGCAGAGUGAUCUUGAUAAAUCACUAUCUACAAGUAAUCAAACAAUUCAAAAAAGUAUGGAAAACCAGGAAUCAACUUCAGAUGUACAGCAACUCAAACUUGAAGAGUUUCACGACCAGGAAUUACAUAAGUCAAACUCAGAAAUAGUAAGACAGUAUUUCAAAAAUGUGAAAAGUGAAUCAUUUCUCACUAACAUGAUUAUAUCAAAAGAAAAUAAGCCUUUAACAGAGACUAAAACAAAGUAA